GUGUGCGAGGUUUCAUGGGAUUUCUAUAGAAAUCUAAAAUUCGUUUCUUUCGACUCGUUCGACACGUUCGGCUCGGAUAAGCGUGCGUUCAUCUUUAUUUGCAUAGUAAAAUCGGUAUGGGAUUUGGGAAGUAGGUAUAUUUCGGAAACGUAGGCGUUAUUUUUUACGAUAACAUAAAUUUUUAUCGCAUCGGUCACAGUUUGAAGGGAAAAUUCUUUUGCAAUGCUCCAAAUACUGUAUUAUUCUUGUGUAUUUACAAUAAAUAAUAUUGCUCAUGGAACAAAGUUAAAUGAUUCGUUGACGACUCAAGCGAUACGGGAAGCCACUUCUCUGCCAACUACGGUUGAUAGAAUAACUAACGUUGAAAGAGGCAUAGGUGGAAGUUCAAGCACAUUGGAUGCAUUUCAACUUGGAGCAAUUGAUGGAAGGAAAAAGAAGAAAACAAGUUCGUAUAUUGAGAAAUGGGAUCAUUGGUGUAAACUUCAACCAAAGAAAGGAAAUUGUGAAAAGACUCUAACCAAAUACUAUUACGAUGUAAAACUAGACCAGUGUUCACCAUUCAUCUAUAGCGGAUGUGAUGGUAGCAAAAAUAAUUUUGAUACACUACUAGAUUGUGAACGACAUUGCAAAGGAUCAAACUAUAUGAAGAUUGACAACUUCUCGCAUUCUACUUUUUGCUAUUUACAACCUGAAGCAGGACUCUGUCUGGCACUUUUCACGAAAUAUUAUUAUGACGUGAAUGAGAACUCCUGCAAACAAUUCGUGUACGGCGGUUGUGGCGGCAAUCUAAACAAGUUUGACACCAUGCUCUCUUGCAUGGAGACUUGUAAAGGCAAAUAAGAUUAUUAAAAAGCGAAUUCAUCCACCAUAAUAAUUAGGUACCUAUUAUGUAGGUAAUAUAAUUAGGAAAAUUAUUCCUCUGUUAUGAUAUAAAUAGUACGCGACAGAUCGA